UCUCAAUAAUGUGCCGCUUGUUCUGUGGUGCUGUUGAUCCGCGCCGGUGUUUUAUUUAAUCAAAAAUUUUUCGUAGGAUAGUUUUUUAUGAUUUAUUAUGAUUGUGAUUGUGUGUGUUUCAUUGCGAAGCUGUUCUGAACUAGUUGAAGUGCGGGGUAGUGUGAGUGGUUGGUGACAGGGGCGCCGCGGUGCUAUUUGCCCUUGGCCGAUCCGAGCGGGCAGCACGAGACACUGUAACGGCUUGAGCUCGCGCUCUGUGUCGUGGGCUGCGCCGCGAGUUCGUGUGUGUGCGGGCGCGCGCGCUCGCGCGUGAGUGAGUGUGUUUGAACAGGGAGAAAAUGUUGACGCGUUGCGUAUUCGGCCAGAAGGAUUCACUAACUACAUUGUGAACUUUCAAAUCACUGAAAUGUGCAGUGGGGACGGAGUGUCGCACUGCUCUGUUCUGCUUUAUGAACUGUUUGAAUGGGGGUGGAAUGUCUGUUUGAAGGCUUUUUUUUUUUACAUGUAUUUUCCUUCUCGUUCUGUUUUACAGUAACUCUGCAUGUGGUGUGUUUUGUUGUUUGUUUCCAAACACUUUUCUGUGCGUCUGUUUUGUGUUAAAUAAUGCCUCACGGCGGAGCUGUCAGUGUUGUCUGAAGCGCGUACUAAUUUGGUCGCUAGCUCGAAACUCUCCCAGCUAAACAGCGCCGUUCAGCCUUCACCGCCACCAUGUUCAGCUUUUUAUUUUUUACUCCACUUUCCAGCUCACGCGCCGUAAAUACGCCUUUGUGUGUGUGUAAAAGUCAAAAAAAAAAAAAAACCUCUAGUUCAACCUGUUGCAUGAAAAAAAAAAAAGCCGUCAGAGAGGAUAACUGGUUGUGUAACCACCGGUACCUUUUUUGACACAACAGCUCGCGGUGUUUUCACAAACUUUGCAAGUUCACUUGGUCCGAAUCCAACAGCGGCUCGGCGCGCUGCCCUUCUGCCGCGCGCGCGCUGGACCUGACCCCCUGUUCUCGUGCGCGCUCUUAUGCCCACUUUGGAGCGCGCGCGCGUUUCGCCGCUUACACGGACAUGUGCUUAUUUCACUGUGAGAGUGUGUGUGUGUGUUUUGUUUUUUUUGUUGUCCUUAUGGCCCGACGUAGAUAUUUUGUGCGUUUGGGGCUGCGUCGUUAUUAACGUAAGACCGAGUCGUUUGUAAAAGCAGGUCGCGCGCUAGACUUUGGCAUUUAGCACGAGGGUCAUAAAUCAGUGUUUUCCGAAGGCGCCGCUCGUGCUCGCUAUUUCUGGAGCAGAACUAGCCAAAAAUCCGCGACUUGUGUAGUUCAGAGUCGAGUAGAAAAACUCCUCUUCUGCACGCGAUCAGUGCGCGCGCGUGCGUCAGUUUCCUAACAAAAUUACCGUGCAAACAUUUGCUUGCAUGGAUGAAUCGAGGUGCAGAGUCUUGCGCAACCGUUAAAUGUUAGAAAAAUGACUGGUGCUGUUUCUGAUUUAUUAUUAUUACAAUUAUAAUUGUUGCUGUUGUUUUAACCCAUAAUGAGUUAAUUCACAGGUUCCCAGCCCAGAGUUUGCAUCUAUUAAUGUUUUCCCUGAACACACAAUCUUCACCUAAUUAACAGGUGAAAAAGGGGUGUGUUUGAGCAGGAAGAGAAGAACAUCGACAUGGACAGAACCUGGGCUGGGAACCUGCGAGUUAAUUGCAUGGAGUUGAUUACUGAGCUGUCAGAUCAGUGUUAAAGACCUGGUGACACCUCGUGGUCGCAGAACAGCAGAAGGAGAAGAGAAACACCAGAAAGUGCGCGUGCUGCUUUGAGACACACCGGGUUGACCCCCUGCUCUUUGGGGUUGGAACUAAAGCACCAUGACAUCAACCUGCCUUUCGGGUUACGUCCCAAUCCGCAUUUGCUCCCCUCUUAAACGGUCUGUCAAGAUAGAAUGCUACCUGUGGUUACUAUGGUAACGCGUGGUCGCGUUCUGUCUUGGCGAUCUACUAAAUUACUUUCCUUUUGUUUGCAUUAAAAAGGAAGUUGUACUGAGCCAAGGGAUUACAUGGACUACAUAGUGUGCAUGCUGGGGGCGCACUAAUAAAUUUAGAUGUAUGAAAGGAUAAAUACUGUGUGUGUGUGUGUGUGUGUGUGUGUGUGUGUGUGUGUGUGUGUGUGUGUGUGUGUGUGUGUGUGUGUGUGUGUGUGUACACAAUCUUUAAAGUACAGAGUAAAGUUGAAUGAAUGUCACUAUGCGCAAAAGUACGCUUAUGCAGCCUGAGAGGAUGUGCAUUUCUUAUGACAGCGAAGAUUCAUCGCAGUAAAAAAAAAAAAAAUCAAAUCCGAUAAAGAACAUCACGUUCACACUGCUGAAAAUCCAGAAUAGUCUGAAAUACAAGUUAAGCUGGUAGAUGUUGUGUGGAAUAAGUUUUUGAAUUACUGCCACUGUAGUAACAGGUUUUUUUUUUCCUAUUCAUUUUUUCUGGACAAAAAGAAAACACAACAAGGAAGCAAUCAGGACAAUCACAAUAAUUAAACCCAAUUUAGUUGGAAGACAUGGACUGAGUUCUGCUUGUGUGUUUGGUAGCUGGUAAAUAGUCAAUAUAUUUGAUGAAUUAUUUAUUUGUAGUGUGUUUAGAAAUAUGCUAUUCUGCAUGUUUGAUCUCUUGCAUUAAAAAUAUACCUGUUUGAUUUUAUGCGUGCGUUUUCUCGUCUCUCGCGCACGCGCGUCCCCUCGGAGUUUGAGCGUUGCUAGGAUACUAAAGCGGAAUUUCUCUUAAAGCGGAAACAAAAUGUCUUAAACACGCAACGCUGGUUUACGGCACCGUUUCAAACACUCUGAUCUUGACAAAAUGUCUUGUGCAGCAGACAGCUGCAUCCAGUUCACACGCCAUGCCAGCGACGUCCUGCUCAACCUCAACCGGCUGCGCAGCAGAGACAUUCUCACAGACGUCACCAUUCUGGUCAACAGACAGCAGUUUCGUGCUCACAAGACUGUCCUCAUGGCCUGCAGUGGGCUCUUUUACUCAAUAUUUACUGACUCCCUAAAAUGCAACAUGAACGUCAUCAAUCUGGACCCGAAGGUUGACCCAGAAGGCUUUGCAGUCCUCCUGGAUUUCAUGUACACAUCCCGUCUCACGCUGAAGGAAAGCCUCAUUGUGUCAGUCAUGAACACAGCCAUCUACCUGCAGAUGGAUCACGUUGUUGACACCUGCCACAGAUUCAUUAAGUCCAGUGACUCCUCCACCAAACUGCCCAGAGAUGAUUUUCUGGUCAGUCCUCUGAUUUUACCUCAAGAUGUCCAUGGUUACAGGCCACAUGAGAUUGUGGAGAACAUGGCAGGACGACCAGGCUCUUUCCGUGACGGAAGGUCUUACGGUGCCAUAUUUAACGGAGUGAACACUCCCAGCGGCUCCUAUCAUGUUUAUGGCCAGUUCCCUAUGCAGCCGUUCCCUUUUUCCAUCUGUAAGCCGUCAGACACCAAAAACACUUUCCCUGACUUUGCCAAAGGCGGUGCCAUCCUCCAACAUAAACACUGCCCGCCAGGCGAAGACUUUGUGCGCGGCUCCAAUACCAGCCACUUGAGCUCAUGCCACUCGGACUCCUAUUCUUCUCGAGUGCUGGGGAGAAACGAUGAAAUGAAAAGGGAGAACCUGCAAGGCUUGGCUCAGUCCAUUGUUACGAGUUCUAGAAAGCAUGGCCUCACUAGCCUGGCCCAGGAUCAUCAGAGAGACAUGAACAAAGAGCAGGUUCCUUUGGCUGAAGACGGGCUGAACCAGCAGCCCUACUCUGUUGGUAUGGCUACCAGCGGGCGCAAGCCUCUGAUUGGCAGCCCACAGAGUCCAUUAAAAUCUGACUGCCAGCCCAAUUCCCCCACAGAAUCGAGCAGCAGCAAGAACGCCGCACUCUCACAUGCAUCUCAGCUUCAGACUCCACAGGGCAUGCAAGACCCCAAGGCUCGCAACUGGAAGAAAUACAAAUUCAUCGUGCUUAAUCAGAGUACCAAGGAGGAAGAGAGCAGCGCUCACGAACCGGAGAUGCGCUCACCACAGAGGCUGGCAUUUCAUCCCUCAUCUGAAUCUGAGCAACCAGACAUGCAGGCUGCCAGCACAAAGAUCACUGAUCACGGAGAGGACUUCAGCGUGCCUCAAGCCAGCCGUCUCAACAAUAUUAUUAACAGAAGUCUGGAGGGUUCACAGAGGACUGGUGACAGCCACUCUUCUCUUUAUAUGAGCCACUUAAAGUGCACAUCCUGUGGCUCACAGUCCCCACAACACUCAGACGUUUGUCCCAACACUCCCGGCUCCCACCUUAACGAGGAGAUGGCCGAACUGCACUCGGAGUAUUCCGACUCCAGCUGUGAAAACGGUACCUACUUUUGCAAUGAAUGCGACUCCAAAUUUGCAGAGGAGGAAGUCUUAAAACGCCACAUGCUUCAGGUGCACAGCGACAAGCCAUACAAAUGUGACCGUUGCCAAGCAGCAUUUCGUUACAAGGGAAAUCUCGCCAGCCACAAGACGGUACACACAGGAGAGAAGCCGUAUCGAUGCAACAUCUGUGGCGCACAGUUCAAUCGACCAGCUAACCUCAAAACCCACACGCGCAUCCACUCUGGAGAAAAGCCAUACAAGUGUGAGACCUGCGGGGCUCGAUUCGUUCAGGUGGCCCACCUGCGUGCCCACGUCCUGAUCCACACGGGAGAGAAGCCAUAUCCCUGCGAAAUCUGUGGCACACGAUUCCGGCACUUGCAGACGCUCAAGAGUCAUCUGCGCAUACACACCGGUGAAAAACCUUACCAUUGUGAGAAAUGCAACUUGCACUUUCGCCAUAAGAGCCAGCUCAGGCUCCACCUGCGACAGAAGCACGGCGCCAUAACCAACACCAAGAUCCAGUACCGUGUGUCCACAGCAGAUUUGCCAGGUUUGACCAAGGCCUGCUGAACAUGCACACAAACACACAAGGGCCGAACCACAGCAUUCUCUGAGCCCUAUUUGGACAAUCAUCUGAAAAUGUAGUGCCACACUGUGUUGAUCAGACAAGAAGGAAAAAAAAGAAAAAAAGAGGCAUUUAAUGCCAUUCUACGGGUUUUCUCUAUAUGUGAACAUAGAACCACAUAAGGUCUCUUGUCACUUUAUUGUUUAUAUUUGCAUAUAAAUAUACAGUAAUGUUGUGUUUUUA